AUGGACGAAGACUUCCAGAGCACAGACAACUCGAUUCGCAAUGCCGACCAGGCGGACUGCGAGGACGGGUUCGAUGCUUGGGACUGGGUGGAACAAGAGAUGCAGCGCGAAGCCGAGGAAGAUGUGCACGAGAGAGAUUUGUGGAACAAGGAGAUGGAGAUCCAGAAUGCGUACAACCAGCGUCUGGCGAAUAUGACGGUGAAGUACGUGAACAUGAAGGGUGAUGAAGUGCACACCUCAAGGCCCUACCCGGCCUGCCAGCUUGAAUGCGGGUCGUUCCGCGAAGCGUGGCUGACCUCGUUGCACGAAGGUAACGACCCGGAUCGAUUUCUUUCCCUUCACCAGCUACGUGAUAAACGGCAGAAGACCAACAAGCCCUUGCCUGCAGAAGUACUACAGCAUCGCAGCCCCAGAGAAAUCCUGCUUCACGACUUGGACAGCAGUCGCAUUGGACCGAUCCACCUGGAUACCACAGAACUGGUCUUGGGCGGGGACGUCAUCACGGACGCCUGGAGUUGGGACGAGCUCUUGGAUCGCAGCUUCAGCAACGACACCGUGCACGUCCACGUUGUCUUCUCUUCAGAGCAAGCCCCCGGUUGCUGCAGCGAGCUGAAAGCGCCAGAAUCGCCCGAACGACAGGGAUGGUGCAGCAAUGUGCAAUGCCGAGAAGCAGAGAGAGAGGAGAAGAAUGCCGCGAGGGCUCGCAUUGAGCAAGAACGGGCUGCAAAAGGAGCCGGCCGCCGAGGACCUUUGCCAGACGAGACCAGCAAGGAAGCAGAGCGGCGACAGCUGCAGGCGGCAAGAGCACAGGCAACGGAGGAAGGAGCCGGCCGUCGAGGGCUUUUGCCGGACGAGACAAGCAAGGAAGCAGAACGGCGACAGCUGCAGGCAGCAAGAGCACAGGCAACGGAGGAAGACGAAGACACUCUAACCCCGGAGCAAGCACGGGCACAGUACGUGGCCUUUGUGCGGAGCUGGAGUAGAUUCGGCCUUUCCCGUGUGUGCGAGAAGUGCCAGACCUUGACACCAGCGAGGCACUGCACCAGAGCCAAGAACACCAAGCAGCUACUGUGCAGGAACUGCCGCGAGAAUCGCACAAAGGUGGUCUUGCCAACCCCGGCGCCCAUCCCAGAAGCACUGCAACGACUGCGACCCAUCGAGCAGCAUCUCCUCGCCAUGGCCCGCAUCUCGCAGGUUCUGCUGGACAAGCUCCCGUCAGGAGGCCCCAGUGCACAAUGGGGCCGCAUGUAUGCCGUUCUCAUGCAAGAACCUUUCAUCUGCGGAGUCCUCGAGGGCGCAAGCUUGGAGGAAGACGGGACCGUGUUGGUCGAGGGCGUCGACGGCAUCACCGCAUCUCCGGCACGCCUGGAAUAUCUGCAUGCGGCCUUGCAAGCCUUGAAAGGUCAUCACCGCCUCUAUCAACAGUGUCCAGCUGUCGAGACAGCCUUGGCACGAAUGGCUGCCAUCCUGGCCAACAAAGCCCCCGCUGCCUCAGCUACGGUGCCAACAGACCCACCGCCAGCAGCGCAAGCAGAUGAAGAAGAGGAGGAAGAAGGAGGAGUGGAAGUGACAUACCUGUUGCCGAAACAGUUCCAAGCUCCGAAGGCCGACAUCCACGACUUGCGAAAGGCCCGAGGAUCUGCAGACCUCAGUGACGACUUGGAUGCAAAGUUCUUCCCGCACCUGUUCCCCACCGGGUUUGGAGGCUGGCGGAACGACUACGGCGGCUUCGCCCAAUACGCACGGAGGCGUCUACUGAGCGCGGAUGGCCGAUUUGAAGGAUCCACUGGCUACAUCAUGUGGCUCCUGGAGAUGAAGACCAAGAAGCGCCUCACCGGAAACAUCAACGUCCGCAUCAGCAAUCAACGGACACCCCGCAGCAAGAGUGAAUACGAGAACGGCAGCCGUCGGGUAUACGCGGCCUUGAGGGACAUUCCCGGCACGCAGCCGUACCUGUACGCCAAGAAGGGGGUGGCCCUGAACAUGUACGAGCAGCUUGGAAUUCCCAGCUUCUUCAUGACACUCUCCUGCCAUGCGCGGCAACCUGCCAUGCUCCUAGCGGCUAUCUCCGGGCGGCUGCUGCGCCUGCGUCCCGAACUUCCGCAAGGGGAAUUGGAGCACCGCGCUGCCGAGAUUCUGUACUUCUACCAGAACGACAAGAACUUCAAGUGGGAUGGGCUUUCACCCAACCAGCUGUGCAACCAGCAGCCUGCCGUGGUAACCCGACAAUUCAUGCACCAGCUCUCCCAGCUGAUGUGGUGGCUGCAGUCCGGCACAC